UAGUAAUUUUUAUUAAAAAUGAACACUUGAAUAAAUGCAAUUUUAUUAUUUGUUCUUGGAUUGUUCUUUGUAGAAUGAAGAUAUAGUACCGAAGACAUUAUCCACAUAACUUAUUAUGAAGCACUUACGACUUGGCAGCAUAGUCUCUAACCUUAACCGGUUGCCUGUGGAAUCAAUUAAAAAAAAAGUAAUAUUUUUUUCAAGCACAACAAAGCGUCAAAUCAAGUGAUUGUUUUAUGAAAAUAAAAAUAUUGAUUUCAGCUUAGUUAUAAAUUAUUAGUGCUACACAAAUCAUAAAUUAUGGGUUCUACGCCUGGAAACUCGAAUCAUAACAAACAUUCUAUUCCUAUUGACAUUUUGGACGACCUUUGUAGUCGUUUCAUAAUUAACCUGCCACCAGAAGACCGAGGCAACUUGGUGAGGAUCUGCUUCCAGAUAGAAUUGGCACACUGGUUCUACCUGGACUACUAUUGCACAGACGAGGCUAACAGGCUUAACCCCUGCGGCAUUAGAGAGUUUGCGGCACAUAUUUUUCAACACGUCCCGCAACUCCGUGAGCAUGUGAGCAGCUUGGACGCAGUGCUGGACAACUGGCGAGAGUACAAGCAGACUGUGCCCACAUACGGAGCAAUUUUGCUGGAUACAGACCUCACACAUGUACUGCUUGUCCAAUCAUAUUGGACUAAGGCCUCAUGGGGCUUCCCCAAAGGCAAAGUUAAUGAAGAUGAGGAGCCAUGGAAGUGUGCAGUUAGGGAGGUAUUAGAAGAAACUGGCUUCGACAUAAGCCAACUAAUAAACAAGAACGACUACAUUGAAGCCACAAUACACGAGCAGAUAGUCCGUCUGUACAUAAUCGGGUUCAUUCCACGUGACACCAAAUUCCAGCCGCGCACAAGAAAUGAGAUUAAAGCUUGCGAGUGGUUCCCCCUGGCAGACCUCCCAGCAAAUAAAAAAGAUAUGACGCCCAAGGUUAAAAUGGGGGUCAGUCCUAAUGCCUUCUUUAUGGUGCUGCCAUUUGUAAAGAGAAUGAGACGAUGGGUCAAUGAGAGAACCUCAAAGACAUGCAAUAAUACUAGAAGGACUAGACAUAAGUCUAUGGGGGAUCUAGAGGCGUCUACGAGCAAGAAUAAAAAUAAGACAAUAUCUCAAGGGUUGCAGAUUGAGAUACAGGAGUAUCAACAACAAAAUUCAGACCAAAAGUCGAAGUUCCAUGGAAAUGGGACAAAGAAUGGGAAUGGUAAUGGUCAUAGCUCCAGGAAAGAGCGCAAGGUUGCCAAGCGGCAGUUGUUCACUCCGCAAAAUGUGCAGCCAAGCAUUUCUCCCAUCGAGAAAGAGAUAUCUACGGCACCAGUAGCGUCUGAUGAUUACAGUACGUUCUUCAAUUUCGUGGCACCGUCGUGGGCUAACUUCAAGUUCGAUAGACGCGCCAUCCUAGACUGUCUCACUUGAGAUGUCGUGGGAGUGAUGUGGGUAUCGACUUCUCAAUGGUUUUAUUAUAUUGAUGUCCUCUUUGUAAUAGAUUAUUACAACAUAGUAGGCACGUA